AUGGACCUCGAAAGCCUCGUACGUGCCCAUGUCAUUCCCGAGCAAGGCAUGCAGAUUGUCAACAGCGCCGGGAGACGUCAAGCCUACUUCCCUGCCAACAAAUCCAGGCAUGGGCCACAAAGCUUUACUAGUGACUUUGAGAUCCUCAGGGGAGAUCUCUGCCGCAUUAUGUAUGAGGCAACGAAAAGUCGCGUGAAGUAUAUCUUUGGUUCCUCGAUUCAGAACUUCGAAGAUAAAGGGACUGCCAUCGAGGUCAGAUUCGCGGAUGAGACAACAGAUCAGUUUGAUAUUCUCGUCGACGCCGACGGGCAAAGAUCAUGCAUCUGCAAAAUGACGCUUGCCUCCGAUGCAGUGGACGCGCUUCGUCCAUUUGACGAGUACGUCGCACAUUUUACGAUUCUUCGUCCCAUGGACGACGGAGAGGAAUAUAUCGCCACGACAAUCCAAGUAUUUUUGACAGGCAAGAGUGUCACAGAACGUCUCAAAAAUGUCCGGAAAGGAGAUGAUCGCGAGGAAAAGAGCGUUUUUGUAGAGGUUUUUAAAGGCGCGGAAUGGCAGGUCGACUCAAUCCUCGAGUCGCUCAUGGACGCCGAAGACUUCUACUGUGAAUGUCAGGGGCUCUUCAAAUUGGAACCUUGGUAUCAAAGCCGCGUGGUGCUUCUGGGAGAUGCUGCCUAUGGGCCUUCGGCCAGUACAGACAUGGGCACGUCUAGUGGGCUCUUGUGGGUGCGUACAUCCUUGCGGUUGAAAUUGGAAAACAUUGUGGACGCACAAAUGAUCUAG